UUGCCCAAUCCGAGGCUUGCUGGGCCCACAAGCGAAGAAAACGUUUAGUAGAUAACACAUUCCGCAAACUAUCCUUCAAGUCAAUUCCUUCAGUUCCGCUGGCCCAAAAAAAAAAAAAAAACUCCUGCACUGCCAAUUCCGCGACUCUCCUGCACAAUAACUCAGAGUCUGCCGCCGGACACGGUGGCGCGUGAAGGCGAGGAUGAAUCCCACAGUGUCGAGCCUCCAGUACUGGUUAGUGAACCACCCAUCGAUUCUAAACUUCUCAUGGAUCCAAGGCCAAACCCUAGGCUCUUCCCCUCUCUUUCUCUCUCUAACUCUCCUCUCCUACCUCUCUCUCACCUUCCUCCUCCCUCUCCUCCGUCUCCCUCCCCUUAAACCUCAUAUUCUCAGAUCAAUCUCCAUCGUCCACAACCUCAUCCUUCUCCUCCUCUCCUUCACCAUGGCUCUCGGAUGUAUCCUCACCAUUGCCUUCCAUACGCCUCACCUACAUUGGAUUAUCUGCUUCCCGCCUAAAACCCCUCCCUCGGGGCCUCUCUUCUUCUGGGCCUACGUUUUCUACCUCUCGAAGAUUCUGGAACUCGUCGACACCGUCCUCAUCAUCGUCGGCAACUCCAUCCGACGGCUUACGUUCCUCCACGUGUACCACCACGCGACGGUCCUGAUCAUGUGCUACUUGUGGCUCCAGACUUCACAGUCGUUGUUCCCCUUGGCGCUCGUGACAAACACGUGCGUGCACGUGCUCAUGUACGGGUACUACUUGAUGAGCGCCUUGGGGGUCCGACCCAAGUGGAAGCGGGUCGUGACGGAUUGCCAGAUCGUGCAGUUCUUGUUCAGCUUCGCGGUGUCGGGUGUGAUGCUGUAUUACCAUUUCGGGGGAUCCGGAUGUUCCGGGUUCUCGGGUUGGUGCUUCAAUGCGGUUUUCAAUGCUUCACUUUUGGCUCUCUUUGUUGAUUUUCAUGCCAAGAGUUAUGCUAAUCGCAACAAGACGCAACAAUCUCACAAGCAUAAAGAAUUCUGAUAGUGAUUCAAAACACCAUUGUUUUCCUGUGUUAGUUCUCACCUAAGUUCCUUAUUGAAUGCUGUUUUCAAAUUUUCAUUGAAUCGAAAAUUUAUUUUGCUCUGGA